AUGGCUGAAGCUCGCAAUGGCUCCAAGGCUGCCGCUGAAGGCCUCAUCGCCAAAUUUCAAGUUGGAAAACUGCUCAAACAAGGUACCCCACGCAUUGCCUACUCCCCCCCCGCGUUUAGACAAUCAGCUAAAGCCCAAAGUACAGACCAACAAGGCCGACGCAUUACUGUGUUAGGAUCAAUCGACGGUGAGCAGGGAAUCCUCAUAGCCGAACGUGCCGCCUUCGCCACAGAAUCUCUCGAAGUCCUCCAUGCAUUCCACGCCGCCAUUACUCGAGUCAAAAACCUAGGUGACAAUGACAUCUACCGAUGGUACCUCGCCUCCUCCAAUGGCAAGAGCCAGACAUCAGAAGAGACACAGCAAGAUUUGAAGGUCAACCUGAUCUGGCCGUGCACGGCACAGCACAUCAAAAAAUACUCGGACCAACAAGUCCGCAUGGUUACCGAGACGCCAGAUAUCUACAAGCAGCACGUCCGACCCUUUAUGCAGGCCAAGCGUGAGGAGGGGCGACUGAACUGGGUGUUCAAUAUCUUGGAAGGUCGAACUGAGCAGGAAGAUGUUAUUAUGCGAGACCCCGGACACGGGUCGGAGGAUUCAUUCCUCAUGCUGCCAGAUCUCAAUUGGGAUCGGAAGACCCUGAGCUCGCUUCAUCUCCUCGCGUUGGUAGACCGACGGGAUAUUUGGAGCUUGCGUGAUCUUAAAAAGAGCCAUAUUCCUUGGCUGCGGUAUCUGCGACAGCGAGUUCUAGAGGCUACGGUAUCGAUCUACCCGGGUUUGGAGCAGGAUCAACUUAAGCUCUACGUGCAUUAUCAACCCACUUAUUACCACUUCCACAUCCAUGUUGUCAAUGUCAUGCUCGAAGCCGGCGCCACACAGUCCACUGGGAAGGCCUUUGGGUUGGAGAAUCUCAUCUCCCAGCUCGAAACAAUGUCCGGGGAUGAGAAUACGAGCAUGGCAGAUGUCGACUUGACCUAUUAUCUAGGUGAGGCGAGUGAGCUAUGGACAGACAUUUUUGCCCCGUUAAAGCAGGGCGCGCAGCCAUCUAAGGCGCAAUAA